GAAACGUGUGGGAAACAGCGAAUCGCUCCACAGAUCCUGUAUAGAAGGUCCCACAGUGGCUGGGAGCCAGCGGGAGCCCUUUCCAUAAAAGUAUGGGAAGUGUGGAGGAAUGCGCUCUGCUCCAGGCACAUAUUUGGGAACAGGGAGCAGAGAGAUCGCACAUCGGCUUCGGGUCCACUUCAGAAGGCACCACCCAAAGCAGCCCGCGCCGGACCAAGGAAAUCAGCUGAAGUUUCUUUUCGAGAACAGGCACACCGAGAACCAACAGCCAUGGAUGCCAUCAAGAAGAAGAUGCAGAUGCUGAAACUGGACAAGGAGAAUGCCCUGGACCGAGCGGAGCAGGCCGAGGUGGAGAAGAAAGCAGCAGAGGAUCGGUGCAAGGAGCUCGAGGAUGAGGUGAGUCAGCUGGAGAAGAAGCUGCGCAUCGCCGAGGACGAGAGGGACAAGGCGCUCGAGGACUUCCAGACCGCCGAGGAGAAGCUGCUCAACGCCGAGGAGGUCGCCACCAAGGCCGAGGGAGAUGUGGCCGGUCUGAACCGUCGCAUCCAGCUGGUUGAGGAGGAGCUGGACCGAGCCCAGGAAAGGCUGGCGACGGCGCUGCAGAAGCUGGAGGAGGCUGAGAAGGCAGCUGAUGAGAGCGAGAGGGGUAUGAAGGUAAUCGAGAACAAGGCCACCAAGGAUGAGGAGAAAAUGGAGCUGCAGGAAGUGCAGCUGAAGGAAGCCAAAAACAUUGCGGAAGAGGCCGACCGCAAAUAUGAAGAGGUGGCCCGCAAGCUGGUUAUCAUCGAAGGCGAUAUGGAGCGCUCAGAAGAGCGUGCUGAGGUUGCAGAAAAACGAGCACGGAAGGCCGAGGAGGAGCUAAGAAUUAAGGACCAUACCUUAAAAUCAUUACUUGCUGCAAAGGCAAAGUACUCACAGCAAGAGGACAAGUAUGAGGAGGAGAUCAAGGUGCUCGCUGAUAAACUGAAGGAGGCUGAGACCCGUGCUGAGUUUGCAGAGAGAUCAGUUGCCAAGCUUGAGAAAACAAUUGACGACCUUGAAGAGGAGUUGUAUGCCCAGAAAGUGAAGUACAGGACUGUCAGCGAGGAGCUGGACCAUGCCCUCAGUGACAUGACCUCAGUGUGAUUUGUGGAAUGUGUGGAAUCUGUGGAAUGUGUUUAUGCCUUAACCCCUACUGCAGCACACCUCUACCCUGUACCUCAUUUUUUUCUGAGACCCAUCAUCCUGUUCCAUUUUUCUGCUGUAAUAUUUUGCUGCCCUUCCAUUAUUUACCCAGCUCCAUCUCUGCACCUUAAUCUAUUAUCACAUGUUGUCUUCGUAUAGUAGAAGAUGGCCUUGAAGCAUACUAAUUACAUUUCUGACUGCUGCUUGACCCCGGUUUUAUGUUAGUUUGCCAAUCACCAAGGUCAGGAGGAAGUGGGUACUUCAGGCAUUUGCCACAGGGUCUAUUUGGAGCAUCACUCACUCACUGACUCAGUGAUGGCUGCUUCCUUUUUGACACAAUGCAGUUACAAAUGUCAGUUAAAUUGGCAAGAUUUAGCUAUUAAAGUAAAAAAGAUCCUAUGUUUGUUUCUAACUGAAAGUGGGUAGUCUGAGUUUAAUCUGGUAUGAGUAUUAAUCUUUUUAAUAGGUGCCUUAAAUUCAUUCUUUCUUAAUUCACCUCUCAAAAGCUUUGUUACUUGAUCACUCCUUAAAUAGAGGGACACUUUGGUAAGUCUUACUAAUGUCUUAUGUGGUGUUUUCUCAUUUAUGUGGUUAACGGUUGGCAUAACCUCCCGAUUAUACUAAUUAACGUGCUUCUGUUUUCUCCUAAUAGUGGUUAUAUCUGAUGUCACCAUUAAAUUGAUUUCAUUUUAGCGUUUGCCCAUUACAAGAACAAUGUUUUGCACCAUUAUUGUUAUUGAAAGUGCUGUCUUUAGACUCUGUACAUUGUGGUAUUUCUUAAUUUAUGGAAACAGUUAGGCACAGGAUAGGUACAUAGAGGUGUAGCUCUGCAGCGGCUCUGUAGUACAGUAGCAUCAAAGAUGUGGCCAUUGAGAGACGCCAGGCUUGAUUUCCUGAAUGUCGCUGCAAGUCCGCAUCACUUGGCACAUCACGCCCUUUCCUCUGUUUUUGUCUUUCUUUGUGUCAGUCUGUGCUUCUCGACUAGGUAGCAGCAUGUGGUACCCAACUACCCACUCCUGUUUUCACUUAACCUUCUUCAGCCCGUUAUUCUAGAGCCAUCUUUUCCGUUAAUCUAUUCUCCUCUACUGAACAAUUUAACAUUUUAUGGAAAGUAUUCUUCUUUCUGUCUGUUUAAGCUGUAUGUCUGUUUUAAAUUUUCUCUGUAUAACUUUUUGAGUGACGUUAAUAAAAGGAGCUUCUCUGUAGAAUAACUUUAAAACAGGUGUCCUGCUGAGAUUUUCUGUCACAAAGUUCUGUCUUCUGAAAUGUCCUCACUUUUUCCAUUUUUAUUUCUGUUUAGUUUUACUUCUCAACACUAGCCUUUAAGUUCCUUUAGCUGCAGUAUAUUCUUGGCAUUUCAAAAGCUUUUUCUCACUGCUGCCGUUUCAGCCUUAAAUUGGCUUUUAAUACAAAAAUACACAUGCACACAGUACCCACUGAGUACACCUUUUUGUAGUACUGUAAUAUUUUCUCAUUUGAAGUACAUUUAAUAAAAGCAUAGUUACAUAGGUUUGAAGAUAUCUUUUAGGAGAAUCUUUCAAGAGCUUAAUAAGUAAUUUACUUCUACCCCAACCCUUAAUGUGUUAAACUAAGGAAUGCAUUUCUGCUUCAAGGAAUCUUUUCUGUAUUCACAUAGAGAUUCUGUUGUUGACUUCACGCUGUUUGCAACUGUUCUACUUGACCUGAAAAGGUUAAGAGAAACACAAGACCAGCUGAAGUGAGUUCUAGGUGUGUCAAUUUUGUGGAGAAAA